UACCGAAGCGGAAGGGACGUAUAAAACCUUCGUCGGCUGCUCCGCCUCCCUCGCCCCACCAUUUCCCCCCCAAAUCAGGUACAGAGAAAACCCUCUCCCUCGGCCACUUCGUCUUCUCCACUCCGUCUCCAGUGCCAGUUCUCUUCUCCAAUCCCUUCUUCUCCGCGCAUUUCCGUCGAAUCGGAGGCCGAUGGAGGGUAGCAGCUCCACUGCGCGGGCGUCCGCCGCUACCUUGGUCAAGAACACCGGCGUGGCGGAGGCAGAUGUGGUGCCGGGUGGAUGGAGCCGUCGUGGUGCGGCCGCGUCGGGCGGAGGCUUGGUGCUGACGGUGGCGGAUGAGCAGGAGCACGGACUCGGCGGCGAGAUCGUGCCGGAUCUGAAUGUGCAGCCAAUGGCGGAAGACCCUCUGCUUGGUGAGACCUCCUCUGUCCGCAAGAGGAAGUUUGAGGAGUUUGAUGACUCGGAGGACUCUGGCCACUCCUACAUUUCCAGCGAGGUCGAGUCCGGGGACGCCGUGUCGUACAACUCAGAUGCUUCAUCUGAUAAUGAAGUCAGCAAGUACAAUGUGCUGUCAUAUGAGAAGAAGGUGGAGGAGAAGAUCUGGGCUGAGGGAAUCAGUGCUUACAUGAAACCUGAUGGGAGGUACUACUGCAAGUUCCAUCCCUCCAAGCAGGUUCCUAGGGAUGGUAUGCGUGAAGGACUUGUUAGCCAUGUGAAGGAGGUGCACCCGAAGGAUCUCCGCGACAAGGCGAACCAUGCUGCCCCGAGGAAACUACAGCUCGCCGCCACCGCCACCGCCACCGCCCGCGCGAGUCGCCUCCUCUCUAUUCUUCUCGCCUCCUCCGUCUCCAAGGCUCUCAUCCCCGCCACCGCCGCCAUCCGCAAGGCACCCUCACCUGAGACCGCCGUACCCAGGAAUCUUCUCCACGCCAGGCCCAACACCGUCACCUAG